GCUUCGAGCGGGAGCAGAGUCUGUCAGGCACCACGGGGUCUCCUGGGCGUGGCAGGGCGGGCUUGGUGGCCACCAAUCAGAGGCCAGGAGGCGCCGCGAGGGGGCCUGCGCAGGCGCACUGGGUCGCCUGGGGCUGAAGGGGCGGGGCUUUGGGAGGACCUGGGCUUCUGUUCAGUUGGUCGCUGGCGGGGAGGAGGACAGGACGGCCACCAUGCAGGCCCCGGACGAUGGCGAGGGCGGCGCAGGGACGCCCAGUGGCCAGCACAGCUCCCAGCUUCCAGAUUGCCAUAGUAGUUCAGGCAGCCCUGAAGGCGAGGGUGGCCCUGGGAAUGAAGGAGCAGUGAUCAAGGCAGCUUUGGCUACUCCCAGGCCUGAUCAGGCACCGCCUGCCCAAGGGCCUGGUGGAGAUGCAGUGCGCAUGGCUGUAGGGCCUGGAAGCGGACCGCUGGAGUUCACGCUCACUGUGACUUUACGAUCCCCCCUGGAGGCAGACAUGGCCCGCAGAUCUCUGAUCCCAGAUGCCCAGCGCCAUCAACACGGCAUUCAGAGAGAAUUUACAGUGAAUGGCAGUGCCCUGGCUAUCAGAUGGACUGCUGCAGACCUUGCUCUCUUCCGAAGCUCCAUCAACUCCUCCCUCGAUCAGCUUUGCCUGGUGAUUCGGAACAUUCGGCGCUUUGUGCCCCCACCUGCCAAAAGCCUGAGGGAGGAAAGGGGGCUGAGGCCUAACUUUGUGUCUCCUACUAGGCAGUGCAUAGGGAAUUCAAACUUAGAGUAAUUACCACUUGGUUAUUUGGCCCUUGGUAUCUUUUGUCACUUGCUUUGCUUCCCAGUUGCUUGAGGAGUGGGAUGCUUAAAGGCUUACUCCUGCAGAAAAUAAAACUGAGCUACUCUCUGGUGUCUCAGUUUCUUUUC